AUGACACCAUGGCUCGUUGUGCUGUUCAUGGCCGCUCGCGAACGCGCACUGCCACGGCUGGAGAGGUUGUGCGCACGCCGGCCGCGGCGCCACCUGUUCUUUGAAGUUGGCAGCAAUCGCGGGGAUGUGCUCCGAGCAUUCUACUCUGGUAAAAUUCCCAAGUUCAGCGUCAAUCCUCACUGGACGUUCCCGGUGUCGGGGUACAAUGCCAGCGAAUGGGAGGUGUUCGCUUUCGAGGCCUCGCCAACCCAUCGUGUGGCGCUCGAAGCGCUCGAGGCGGCACACCCUCUGCUUCACAUCUCGAUCGCUGCCGCUUGGUCCGAUGCGAAUUCGUCCAUCCGCCUCAGUAUUGACGACACAAAGACUGGCAUGCGGCGCGCGCAGUGGGGUUCGUCCGUCGUGCGUGACUGGGGUCAGAUGGGUGGCAGCUCCAAGACAGUCGAUGUCCCGACUGUUGACUUCGCUUCCUUUGUUGCUCGGACUGUAUGUCCGCAAGAUCACGUGGUGGUGAAGAUGAACAUUGAGGGGGCUGAGUUCGCGGUAGUGCCUCACCUCAUUGACAAAGGACUGCUGUGCCUGAUCGACGAUCUAGAUUUUUACUGGCACCCAAACUUUGGGCGCGUGCACACACGCUCUGUGCUCGUGCCGAUCCGUUUCAAGAGGUGUCCCUGCCAGGCGAUAGUUCCGUUGGCGUCUAAGAAUAGAGAACAACCGAGAGACUAA